UCAGCAGUGUGUUUGAUGGAUUCGUCAUAAGUAGAGCACUGCCCACGCCGUGACGCCAAACAUAGCAAAGUUUACAAGCAGAGGAGGAAACCUUUUACACACGCGCUGCAGGUGCCGGAGGUGCGGCUGGAUUGUUCGCUCGCUCGCUACAAGAAAAAGUAUGAGUCAGUGGAAACAAGUCCAACAGUUAGAGGUCAAGUUCUUGGAGCAAGUGGAUUACUUUUACGAUGACAACUUUCCCAUGGAGGUCCGCCAGGUGCUGGCUGCCUGGAUCGAGAGCCAGGACUGGGACACGGCUUCAAACCACGAAUCUAUGGCCGCUGUCCUCUUCAGCAACCUCCUGACCCAGCUGGAGAGGCUGUGCUCGCAGGAGCAGAACUUCCUGCAGAGGCAUAACCUGAAGAGGAUUCACCAGCAGCUGCAGGCGAAAUAUAACUCCAGUCCCUUACAAAUGGCCAGCAUCAUCUCCACCUGUCUGAGAGAGGAGAGGCGGAUAAUAGCCACAGCCAGUGUGCAGGAACAGGGACCUCUGGAGAAGUCCAUGCAGAACUCGGCUGCGUUUGAGAGACAGAAGAACAUGGAUAACCGGGUGGCUGUAAUCCGAAGCAGCGUACAGAUGAUUGAUCAGGCAGUGAAGUACUUGGAGGACAUGCAGGACGACUUCGACUUCCGCUUUAAAACACUUCAGUCUCGAGACCCAGCAGAGAGAAACACUACAUUUGUGAAGCAGGAAGUUAUUACGCUUCAAGAAAUGCUGAACCGACUUGACUUCAAAAGGAAGGAGAUUCUGUCCAAGAUGGUGGAUGUGAUCAAAGAGAUUGACGCGCUGAUGAGCUCGCAGAUGAGCCCUGAGCUGAAUGACUGGAAGAGGAGGCAGCAGAUCGCUUGCAUUGGAGGUCCACAGCUGACUGGUUUGGACCAGCUCCAGAACUGGUUCACUCUGACGGCGCAGAGCCUGUUCCAGAUCAAACGGCAGCUGGACAAGCUCGGGGAGCUGACCCUGAAGGUGACCUACGACGGAGACCCCAUCACCCAGCAGAAGCCUCAGAUGGAAGAGCAACUCAAAUAUCUCAUCUACCAUCUCAUCAAGAGCUCGUUUGUAGUGGAGAAACAGCCCUGCAUGCCCACCCAUCCUCAGAAGCCUCUCAUCAUUAAGACACAGGUGCAAUUCACCACGAAGGUCAGAUUGUUGGUGAAACUACCAGAGGUAGAUUAUCAACUGAAGGUGAAGACCACAUUUGACAAGGACCUCCCUCCAGGCAGAGUGAAUCGGCAAUUCUUCAUAUUGACCAACAAUACCAAAGUGAUGGAUGUAGAGGAAUCCUCCAAUGGUUGCCUCUCUGUGGAAUUCAGACACUUGCAGCUGAAAGAAAGAAAAUAUAUAAAUGGACCAAAAGGAAAUGAGGGUCCUCUCACGGUGACCGAGGAGCUCCACUCCCUCAGUUUCGAGGCCCAGUUCUGCAUGCAGGGCCAAAACAUCGACCUGGAGACCUGCUCCCUGCCCCUGGUGGUCAUCUCCAACGUCAGCCAGCUUCCAGGUGGCUGGGCCUCAGUUAUGUGGUACAACCUGCUGACCGAUGAGCCCAAGAAUCUGGGCUUUUUCAGCAGUCCUCUGCGGGCCAGCUGGGGGCAGCUAUCUGAGGUCCUCAGCUGGCAGUUCUCAACCUUCGCUGGGCGGGGCCUCAACAGAGAGCAACUGAGCAUGCUCGGAGACAAACUGCUGGGUCAGCAGGCUUCUCACGCGGACUGCCAGGUUUCCUGGUCCAGAUUCUGCAAGGAGAACAUUCCCGGGAAGCCCUUCAGCUUCUGGAUGUGGCUCGACUCCAUCCUGGAACUCAUCAAGAAGCACCUGCUGCCCAUCUGGAUGGAAGGGUACAUCAUGGGCUUCGUGAGCAAGGAGACGGAGAGGGCGCUGCUGAAGGAGAAGGAGCCGGGCACCUUCCUGCUGCGCUUCAGCGAGAGCCACCUGGGGGGCAUCACCUUCACCUGGAUGGAGCAGGGGGAGAACGGGGAGCCCAAGUUCAACUCGGUGGAGCCGUACACGAAAAGUCGGCUCAGCGCUCUGCCCUUCGCCGAUAUCAUCCGCGACUACAAGGUGAUCGCCCACGGGAUCGUGCCGGAGAACCCGCUGAAGUUUCUCUACCCGGACAUCCCGAAGGACGAAGCGUUCGGGAAACAUUACAACAGCCAGCCGAGCAAAGCCUUUCCCUACAUCCCCUCAGCUUUCAUUCCCAUCUCGUUACGUCCGCCCCCCUCCUCGUCUCCCGAACCUCCGAUGACGCCUGGGAUGUUCGACAUGCUGAACCAGCACCUGAGCCCCUUUGAGAUAGAGACCGCCAUGAGUUCACCAUACUCGGAAUGACAUGGACAGUUUGUCACCACACAUGAUAUGAUGCAGUCUCUCACAGUGAACCCCGAAGUCUGUCACAGUGCACCAUAAUUUCUGUUUGGAGAUUUUUUGGAAUGGACAUUGUUAUUCUCAUGUUAAUCUUAUGUGUAAGUAUUUGUUUCCACGGUAAGGUGCCAGGGUCAUUGCUGUCCCUCAAAGAUAAUAAAUAUGGUAUAUGUAUUUAACAUAAGAUCAUAUAGUUUGAUCUCUGCCUUACAUUUUUUACAUAUUGUUAUACUGUCAGAACAUAUAAAAUGCCAAAAGUUAGGAAAUGUAAUUUUUUGACCUUUUUAAAGACAUUGAGUCAAAUUAUGUAAUUAUGGAAAUUUCCUGCCAUAUCUUUGGAACAAUUAUGUCAAGGUCUAACCAUUACACAGAGUUCCAUAACAUGGAACCUUCCAUGAAAAGCUGCAAUAGCAAAGAAUCCUGCCCUGUAAAUAUUUUACAAGCUUAUGGAUGCACAGAAACCAACACUUACAGUGAUCCCUUCACAUAAUCCAUCCUCUGGAAUUAUCAGUGUUAGUCAAACCCUUCCUGGCCAUAAUUAGUGAUGAGUCAUUAGGUAUAGCAUGACCGACCAUGCCAUUUUGUGUGGAUUUGCAUGUGAUCUCAUGUGGUUGUUAGUGAGGGUAAUUGACCAAUUGUGUUAGCAGUUCCAAUCUUACACACUGUCAAACUUUUAUUUUUUUUUGAUUUAUAGAGAAAUGUCAUUAUCGUAUGUUAGUGCAUUGCAGUCCAAUGUAUCUCUGUUUCUGUAUGUCAACCAUUGCGUCAAUCGUAAAACACAAACACAGCAAAGAAUGUUGCCUUUAAAUUUCCAUUCACAGCUGAACAAUUUUGAAAAUAUAUGCUUUACCUGAUUGCAAUUUCUGUAUUUACAAUCUGUUCAAUAUGCAAAAUAUCCACAAUUGUUUGGUAAAUUAUGUACAGAAUCAUAUCUGUAUGAAAUAUAGAUUCUGGAGUGUUCAAACUUAAAAAAUAUAUUUGUGUUGCUUUUUCAAGAAACACGGUUACAUUCAGUAAAUAAGCGCAAUAGAACUAUUCAGAUAGUAACCAGGGAUGCAGUUAAUUGAUCUGUGCAUCACCCCUACAUUUUAAUGCACAAUAUAUACUCAGCCUGUUACUGCAUCCAAUUGUGAUUCUACCUUUUAUUACAUAAGAUAUUUGUGCCAAAUAUGUUCAUGCAAUGCAGUUCACUGACUUCUACUUGUAGAGUUACUCUUUCAUUACGUUUACAUUCAUUUUCAUUUCUGUCCAAAGGAAAAUAGAGUUGCAGUUACUAUGUAGAAGCUCUGUUGAUCAGACUGACUGCCUGCCUACAUGGACAGUCUCAAUGCUUUUGUGCUCCUCUGAGUUGUCAGCAACCCUUUAAAAAUGGUAUCUGUAUAACACAGUGGUGUACUCUUCUGCAAACGGGUAAACACUCAAUAAAACAGGUGCAGAAUUUUUUUUUUUUUUUUUAAAGGUAAUCUCUGCAAAGGUGCACACAAACAAACAGUUCUCUAAAGCAGAUUUUUUAUUUUUAUUUUUGUUUCCUUCAUGAAUUGUCAAGUGCUGUUUGUGAACACAUGCUUAUGAACACAGUUUGUAUACGCCUGUACACUUUCCAAUAAAUCUUUGCUAAAUA